UUCCAGAAACAUAUGAGUACAAAUUUUCGAAAAUUUUGAGCAAAGACAAUUUGCGGUCCGUUAUUCUUCACAAUGACGACAUUGUCCACAAAUUGGAAACAACUGCGAGAGGAGUUGCAGCAGGAGAAAGCGAAGUCGGUGGAUAAAGCUAAUGAUAUGCCGUACAAUGGAAGCGUAAUCUGUAAUCGUAAAAGAAUGGCUCGAUUAACCAGGAAGAAAGCAAAGCAACAACGACUUGACAGGGAAAGAGGAGGCGUUGGUCCAAACAGUUCAUCUUUAGAGAUUACAAAAACUCAACAAGAGGGAGUUGAGCUGACAAACGUGCUUGGAAUAGACUGUGAAUAUGUUGGUGUUGGCAUGAAUGGUACGGAUAAUAUGCUUGCGAGGAUUUCAAUCGUAAAUAUGGAGGGGCAAUGUAUCUACGAUAAGUAUGUGAAACCAAGAGAAAAUAUAACGGAUUAUCGCACGGCAGUGAGUGGCAUUAGGCCUAUUAAUUUGGUAAAUGCAGAACCAUUCCAUAAAGUUCAAUCUGAGGUGCAUAAAUUGCUGAGUGGUCGAAUCGUUGUCGGACAUUCUCUCAAAAAUGAUUUCAAAGUUUUGAGCCUUUCUCAUACACGUAAAAUGACGCGAGAUACCGCCACGUAUUUGCCAUUCCGUAAAAAUUUGAAUGUCUCACGAACUCCAUCACUGAAAUUACUGGCAAAACAGCUACUAGGUAUUGAUAUUCAGAACGGCGAACAUGAUUCGAUUGUUGAUGCGCGAGUCGCGAUGCGGUUGUACGUUUUGAAUCGGAAACAGUGGGAAAGUUAUAUCCGAAGGUCUCGUAACCGGUGAUAAUUUCAUGUCUCUCAUUUGCUAGUUGUUAUUUCUCAAAAUAUUCUCGACGCUUGGCAAAAGCAAUAAAAGUUCCAACC